GUGUAGAAAAAGAAAUCAAUCUCUCUUUCGAAAUUUCUUUUGAAAAAAGUUUUCUUACCGGAAAAAUUACCCUACAAUAUUACUACAAUAGUAAACCAAGACAGAACACAAACACAUUCAGACUUGAGACAUAGAAGUCAACCAACACGUGUAGUGUGGAAAAACGAGCACAACCAUGUCUCGCUUCCUUUAACAUAACCGUUACAGUAAAAAAAUUUCUUUAAUCCAACAACAAAGCUUAUAAAACUUUCUCAAGCUCGCUGUGUCUCCUCCUCGCUCUCACUCACCAUCAUGGCUAUCUCCAUCUGCUUCUCUCUCCUCCUCAUCGUCCUUUCCCAGUUCCCUUCCUCACAUGCAGAGCCCUUCAUCGGAGUCAACUACGGUCAAGUCGCCGACAACCUCCCUCCGCCUUCUGAAACCGCAAAGCUCAUUCAAUCCACUUCCAUCCAGAAGGUGCGACUCUACGGCGCCGAUCCCGCCAUCAUCAAAGCUUUAGCCGGAACCGGCGUCGGCAUCGUAAUCGGCACAGCCAACGGAGAUCUCCCCUCUCUCGCCGCCGAUCCCAACGCCGCCUCUCAAUGGAUCAGCUCCAACGUCCUCCCUUUCUACCCCGCCUCCAAGAUCAUCCUCAUCACCGUCGGCAACGAGGUUCUGCUCUCGAAAGACCCGAAUCUGGUGAGCCAGCUCCUCCCGGCGAUGCAGAACGUUCAAAAAGCGCUCGAGGCGGUGUCGCUCGGCGGGAAAAUUAAGGUGUCGACGGUGCACGCGAUGUCGGUGCUUGGUAGCUCAGAACCGCCGUCUUCCGGUUCGUUCGCGUCCGGUUAUCAAGCCGGUUUAAAGGAUAUUCUGCAGUUUUUAAGCGAUACCGGCUCGCCUUUCGCUAUCAAUCCGUACCCGUUCUUCGCUUAUCAGAGUGACCCGAGACCCGAAACGCUGGCGUUUUGCCUCUUUCAGCCUAAUGCGGGUCGACCCGACCAUAACACCGGAAUCACGUACAUGAACAUGUUCGAUGCUCAGGUAGACGCGGUUCACUCGGCUUUGAAAUCAAUGGGAUUCGAAAAGGUGGAGAUCGUGGUGGCGGAAACGGUAGACGCGGUUCACUCGGCUUUGAAAUCAAUGGGAUUCGAAAAGGUGGAGAUCGUGGUGGCGGAAACAGGUUGGGCUUCACGAGGGGACCCCAACGAAGUUGGACCGAGCGUGGAUAAUGCUAAAGCUUACAACGGAAACCUAAUAGCUCAUCUAAGGUCAAUGGUUGGCACACCUCUCAUGCCUGGAAAGUCCGUCGACACUUACAUUUUCGCACUCUACGAUGAGAACCUGAAGAGUGGACCAUCUUCUGAACGGGCCUUCGGGCUUUUCAAAACCGAUCAUUCCAUGGCUUAUGAUGUUGGCCUUGCCAAGAGUAGCGGUAGUAGCACCAGUAACAGUAGUAGUCAGACGCCAUCGGGAAAAGCGUCGACGGGGUGGUGUGUAUCAAAGAAGGAUGCCACGGAUGAGCAGCUGCAAUCGAGCAUAGAUUGGGCGUGCGGACAAGGAAUAGACUGUGGGGCGAUACAACCAGGAGGAGCUUGUUUUGAGCCAAACAAUGUGGCGUCACAUGCAGCUUUUGCCAUGAAUAUGUAUUACCAAAAGUCUCCUAAAAGGCCUACAGAUUGUGAUUUCUCUCAAACCGCAACAAUCACCUCCCAAAACCCUAGUUAUAACAGUUGCGUCUAUCCGGGAGGUGGAGGAGGAGCAGGAAGUGCAGGAGUAAUGAACAAAUACGUGAACUCAGACAAAAUAGAGAGCAAAAAGAAUGGAGCAGUUGAAUCAAAAGUUUAUUCUUCUCUAUCUUUUCUACUCAUCGUUGUGUCCCUAAUCGUCCAUGUAAAUAUGUAAUGGGCCAAUAAGCUUAUUGGGGUAGUUUAAUUAUUACUACUCUUUACUUCUUGUGUUCCUCCCUCCUUUGUAUUUUUGCCUAAUCAAGUUGUUAUUAGCUUUAUUUUAUAAUAGCUACAAAGUACAAACAUUCUAUAAAUAAUAUUCUAUUGUACUCGGUAACGGCUA